GGUUGGUGGAAAUGAUGAAGAGUUUCCUCUGGGGAUUUAUACGAAAAGAAAAACAUCGACAAGGACUUAUAUACAAUUUGCUUGGAGGCGAUUAUGGCAGAAGUUCACAGCCUGAUGGCUUCUGCAUCGUACGAUCAAACCGUACGGGUAUGGGAUGUCGGUUCAGGUCGUCAUGUCACGACUAUUCCGCACUCCGACUCACAGGUUAAUGCCAUGGCCUUUACUCCCAAUGGAUAUCAGCUAGCUGUUGCUGGCUUUCAAAAAGUGCGAAUAUACGACAUGACAUCGUUGAAGCCACCUAAUCAUAUCAGUCCUAUUGUGUGCUUCGAGCAGAUCAUGAAAAAUGUGACAGCCAUUGGGUUUGAGGCUCAAAGUAGAUGGAUGUUUACUGGAGGAGAAGAUCAUUCAUGCCGAGUUUACGAAAUGAGAGUAAAUCAGUUAGUCUGUCAGCGAGUGUUCGAUAAUCUGGAUCCUGUGACAAGCGUUGUUAUCCAUGGCAAUCAAGUGGAACUUUUCAUUGCAGAUCAAGCAGGGCAAGUGUAUGUAUGGGACUUGCGACGUGAUGGUCACAUGCAACUUCCUAUGCCUCCUCUCUCUUAUCAGGAAUUUGUCACUAAUCUUGCCAUUCAUCCUUCAGCUAAUAUGCUUGCUGGCAUCACCAACAGAGGCUAUCUGAUUGUUUGGGAUCUCAGUAACGGAGCGGACGAAUGGGCUCAAAAACUGAGUUAUAUCGAAAGGACGACCGAAACAAUGGCAAGGCUCAGGUUACCUGACACAGGCAAACGUCUUGUUCACAAGUCUUAUGGUUUGAGUUGUCGUUAUUCACCAGAUGGACGUACUCUAGUAACUACUGGCGCUGAUAAUAUGUUCCAUAUCUUGGACUCACUUGAUUCUGUCCAGAAGUCCUGCUUAGAUGCCGGAUGUGACUGGAAUUGGAAUUCAGCUUUCACAUGUGAUUCCAGGUUGCUGUUUACUGGUGGUGCCGACAAUAGGGUCAAGUUGUGGGACUUGGACUCUGGACAAAUGGUAAUGAAAUAUGACGGCCAUACGAAACCCAUCACGGCGUUAUGCGUUUCUGAUGUCCCGAUGAGGGAUAGCGUCAGUCGCGUUAAACAUCUCAAGAUUCUCUUGGAUCAAAUGUCAACUCAGGAGAAAAGGCAGCUCAUGGAAGAACACAGUUUUGAAACUUUCCACCUAGUGGACGAGUUACUUUUGCUAGCUGAUAACGUCGCUAAUCCUCAAGGUGCUGUCGAAGGAGAAAGCGGUCUUUGGACUCUUGAGCAAAUUUUGUGUUACGCCCCAGAACUUGUUGGUAGCGGUUGGCAGCGGCAUGCUAUAGAAGCGCUAUUGAAGAAAGCCAUAUAUCCUAGGAAUCUGCUAGCGAUUCGUAAAAUCGCGAUCAGAUUAUUUUUGAUAUUCUAUCAAAGCCUCAGUAUCUACGGAAAGGCCACUGAAGAUCUCGAUCGUGUGUUUCAAUGUCUUCUGCCAUAUUUUCCUCUGCGAGAUGGUCAAGAUACAGAGACUGUAUUGCAGCAGUACUGCCAUUCCUCUGGGACCGUUCAUUGGUCGGACCGCAGCAUGGGUUCACCAACACUGCCGGGAACAGGUCCACUAUCGGCUAAAGAAAAGGCGCAGAAGCUUCAAGUGUACUUAGAUAAAUUUCUUGGAUACUGCACCCAUGAAACAUCGAGGAUUGAAUGGAGCGAUGAGAAAAAACGAUUUCAGUGUGCUAACUUCAUAAUUGACAGGGUUAUCAACCUCUACAUUGCCGAAUGCUUUUCUGAUUUGGAAACCAAUGGAGUGGAUAUCUUUGGAGGCUGGGAGGGAGCCGAUGAUACGACAGAAGCACUUGAAACUGCAGAUCCCAUAGUCAUCGCUCGAUACUGGUUGAUUCGCUGGGUGAACAAUCUAGCGGCAGUUCAGCAGCUACCAGCAGAACAACGCCAUAUAGGUGUGCUACUGUAUCAUGAUGCUUUAUUUGCCUCGCACAGGGCCACGAACAUGGCGUUGAGCUUGAUGAGAGAAGCAAUGACUCUUCCUCUUGCAUGCAGUAAUGUUAUACAAAAGGUCGUCACAACUCUUUCCGCGUGGUUACUGCAAUAUGAAAUUCCUCCAUUUGUAGCCAGCAACGAGGUGCCAGUGGAGACAUCGUCACUUCUUCUCAUCAAUAUGCUUUUGUCAUUUUUCCAAUCGCCAUAUUUGGCUCAACCGGGCGAUCGUCUUCAGUCCGCCAUAACGACAUCUAACUCUAUACUUCGUGCUUGUCGUGAUCUCGCGGCUCAACGACUCAAUCUACCACGUCCGCUUUCUGUAAGAGUGUGGUCAGAACUGAUGUAUCGUUUAUGUCAGUCCGCUGUGAAGAUAUGCUCACAUUCAGACAAAUACUCGCAAGAAAUGUCAUCAGCAAUUGCAGCGACAGUGUUGUCAAAUAUAGUGAUGAUCAAGGCAGUGCGUCAUAUCGAUAUUGAUGAUAAAAUUUGGGAUGAGGUGAGCAAUGUCUUCCUUCAUGGAAUAUGGAUUCAAAUGGCACAGCAAUGGUCUCGAAUCUCCUACAGCGUCACGCGUGCGCUGAUACUUCACCUUGCUCAUGUUGACAUUUUUUCGCAAGAGGAGCUGGAUAAAGCAAACCGAGACUCAGCCCCGACCAAGAAGGCUGAAGUGACAUCGGAAAACGAAGCGGGCGAGGAGACUUCUCUUGAUACCGAACACAGUAAUGAUAAUAAUGUGUUCUUGGAAAGUGACGAUAUCACCAGCGCUGUACCGACAUGGAAUGGAAAUCCCAUGAUAUGGCUGCAAGUAUGGCGCCACUUCAUGUGCGUUCUAGGUCCACAUUCCGUUAGCUCAGCAAAUGCCCUGAUCGCUGUGGAAACUUUAUCUAACACGAUAAAUAAUUUGCUGUCGGCAAAUCUGGAUCCGCUAGCACAUUGGAUUGCAUCACGGCUUGUCCAAACGCCUGCGAAUCUUCUUCCGAAUUGCAUAGCCUCAUUAGGAGCAGUCUUGAAUUCUAGUCGGCAGCCGUCUUCAGUUUUACAAGCACACAUACUUCUUGCAUUCAUUCGCCUCAUUAAAGCUGGAGAUCCACAUGUACUUCCACACAUCGUUGCGAUGUCACCAAGACAUCUCAAGGUGCUAUCCCAGCAUCUCGUCCAUGCACUUCCAACUAUGAUCGCACAAAAUCCUCCAAAUGCUCACACACUGAAAGUCCUUGCCCUUCUCAGUACAUCGAAUGCUCCUGCAGAGCAACUGCUGCUGAAGGAACUUGCUCUUGGCGAGAUCUCUCUCACUCAUGCGUUGUUAUGCGUCAAUGCGUUGUGUAUGCUGGUGAUCCAGCGAGGUGAUUCGGAUUUGUUGGCUAAGAUGUUUAACAUUCUUCAAACACAUCGAUGUGGUCCAACUCUGCUACCAGUGCUGUGUUCAUGCAUGGAAUCACUCUUCAGAAUUUCCAUAAAUCCAGCAACGCUGCAGGCUGUUCUUCGAACUAUACCAUCACUAAGGGAUGAACGUCUGCGAACGGAGAUACAGUGGACCAUUGCUUCACUAGCAUUAGCUCAUUCAUUGAAGAGUGACUUGCCUCAGAUCUCUAAAACAUUUCUGAUAGACAACCAAAAGCUGCUGGAAGGAGCUUUGGUGACCAUGGAAAGUCAGUUCCCUCUGCCAGGAUUCAACGUUGCCAAGUGGAAUUCUGUUGAAUCUCCGCCAUCAAAGGCUAAUGAGCAGCAAGUGUUCGUACUGAAAAACAGCGCAAUCAUUUCCGCAAACAAGGAUCCAAAUGUGGAAGUCACUUGUCGCACCGUGGUUGGAAGGCAUUGUUGGAUUUUUGAACCACAUAAGUCUGAGCGAAAAGAGUGUCGUAACGUAAACACUUGGUUACAGAAAGAAUCGCAACGAGGUCGCCGAGCAGCUCGAGACUCAGUGGGCAUACUUGGAACUAUGGAUGAUCCAUUUGAUGCACUUCCUCGUCCUAAUAACACAAUGAACACCAAAUGCCCUCCUGAGUGGUUAGAUAUCCUCGAGAGUAGCCGUAGACAGCCCCAACCGUUGAAGCCAAUGCCGCGAACGACUAACAAACCAGCUAUCACCAAGUUGCACGAAUGGCGAGCAUUCUCCACCAGUAUUAAUUGUAUCACGGAUCUCGCGGAAGUGCCGCCGAACUUUGCACGAGAUCUCAAACAUCUCGAUCAAACAAGCGCCAGAGAAGUGCAUAAGGUGGCUGUCAUCUAUGUAGCCGAAGGUCAGGAAGAUAAACAGUCUAUUCUUUCGAACACUAAAGCAUCACCAAGCUUUGAGCGUUUUGUCAGUGAACUUGGAUGGCCAGUUUGCAUUGGAAAAGGACAUGAAGGCUAUCCUGGUGGAUUACCAUACGAUACGAUUGCACCCUACUACGCAACACCUGAUACCGAGCUGAUUUUCCACGUCAGCACCUAUUUGUCCGGUGAUGUGACACAAAAAUGGAAGCAUAUAGGAAACGAUGAAGUUCAUAUUGUUUGGUCUGAGCACUCGAAACCAUAUCGAAGAGAGACAAUGGCGACGAAGUUUGGUGAUGUGUUGAUUGUGCUGGAACGAGCAAGUGAAGAGAGCUAUCGCGUAAGGGUUGAAACCGUCAGUGCAUUAGAAUUUGGACCACUUCACAAUGGUGCCCUUGUUGGAAGCGAAGAGCUUGCAGAACUCGUUCGGCUUACUGUGAUAAAUGCAUCACGAGCCUACCGUCUUUCCGUCCAAGACCAAGUCCGACCUCUUCGGCAUCGAGAGCAUGUAUUUGCUCACGAGACAAUGAGGCACAUGAAUAAAGUCCGACUCAGCUAUGCCAAAAUGAAUAUUCUACCCCAAAAGAAGUGGCAUGUUCGCACAAAAGAGAAUAUUGCCCGAGUUAGACGAGAUGAGGCAAAGGCUGCACAGGAAGAGCAAGAUCGUUUGGACAGGGCGAUUAAAGCGGAGAAUGAAAGACGUUUGGAAGCCCUGCGAGCACAGGCUGCCAAGAGAGAUGCAAACUUGGAGCCUUUCGCAUUGCGAGGGACAGCGGAAGCAACUAUAGCCAGCUCUUCUGGGCACGUAAAUCUGUUUCAGGAUUUAGAGCAAGCUGAACUUCAAAAUUUUGGUCAAGGAAACAAAGAAUAUGAAGAGGAAAAACGCAAAGAACAAGCGGAAUGGGACUCAAAAAUGGGUAUCCAAAAGGCAUUUGCUGAAGGGACAAAGGAACUGGGUAAAGAACAAGAAUGGUAUACGAAGAUAUCACGACCGUACGCCAGAGCUGAGGAAGUCAAAGUAAGGAAAAACCAAGUCUGCCGAGUGCUCUGUCAACAGUUGCAAAGGAUAAAGAUGACCAAAAGCAUAAAUUCUGAUAAGAGAAGAAAAAAGAAGAAAAAGAAAGAAAAGAAAAAGAAGCAUCAUCACCACCACCAUCACCAUCAUGCAACUCAAGACAGCGUUGAUGAUAAAGUCGAAAUGGAGCUGGAGAAAAGAAAUAGACUGGCUGCUUUGCGGGAAGAACGUCUGAUACGGGAAAGAGCAGAGAGACAUCGUACCCUUCAACUACUGAAUCCCACGAAAGCUGCAGCUGCUGCACCUAAGCAGAAGUACAACUCGAUGUUCAAUCCAGAACUCGCAAGGAAGCUGCCGAUACGUGCUCUGCCAGAAAUAUCUGCACGAGCAAAAUGUCGUAUCCGCGAACGAUAUGGGUUGGAAGACAAUGUAAACAGAAAAUGGCGGAGCUUACCGGGUGGAAGUGAUCUCGCUAGUGACAAUAGUAUGCUGAGUGAACGAGGCCGUAAACAAGCGAAAGAAGUCGCAGUCAGAUUUGGAAAGAUAAAUCUAAGUCAUGUCUUCGCUUCUCCUUAUGAUAGAACUAUCGAAACGGCUACAAUCAUUGUUGGAGACAAAAACCUUCCUAUAAAACCAGAACCAGGACUGUGCGAAUGUUUAUACAUGUGUGAAAACCCACCAGGUUUCUGGGAACCUGAAAAAUUGAAAGAGAAAUUCCCUUUGGUAGACACUGAUUACAUUUCGGUUUUCUCUAAGCAUACUUUGCCAAAAGAGAGGUACGGUGACGAUGCCUGUAUACCUCGAGUGAAAACCACUUUGAAUCGGAUAUUGGAAAAAUAUGAUGGUGACAUCCUGCUUGUCAGUCAUGGAGCACCCAUCGGAGCUAUUCAUGAUAUAUGGGCUGGCGAUUUCAAAUAUCAGCGACGCUAG